AUUUCUUUCUUUCUUUGUUUUUUUGCGGCAUUUUUUGUAAAAAUCAUGACCCUCACAUCCCUCACAUUAUCCUCUAACCACCACCAUCUUCUUCCAUUCUCCUCCGUGCGCCACUGCCGCCGCCACCACCAACUACGAACCUCCGACACAACCCUCUUUGCUCCACCACAACACUGGAACAACAACAACAACAGCAGCCUUAGCUUUGUGAAGCAGACAACAACGAAAGACACUUCUCAUAAUAAUGUCCGGUUUUUGUGCUCUCCUCCUCCUCUUCUUGCUGUUCCCGUCAGCUUGAGUCAAAGGGUAUCCAGGUUUGUUGUGCCACGUGGCGUUCCUGUGGAUGAUCUUUUCUACAAUGGCGGAGCCACCGUGGCUGUUCUUGGUGGCGCUUAUGCUCUUGUGUCUGCUUUUGAUGCUCUCACUCAUAGGAACAUUCUCAACCAGGGUUUGAGCAGAAAACUGGUCCAUAUAAUGUCCGGUUUGCUUUUUCUAGCUUCUUGGCCAAUUUUCAGCAACUCCACUGAGGCUCGUUACUUUGCUGCAUUUGUUCCAUUUGUGAACCUUUUGAGGCUUUUGGUGAAUGGUCUCUCACUGGCUUCUGAUGAAGGACUGAUUAAAUCCGUGACUAGAGAAGGAGAUCCCAAAGAAUUGCUGAGGGGUCCCCUGUAUUAUGUUCUGAUGCUGAUGUUAUGUGCUCUUGUUUUCUGGCGUGAGUCUCCAAUUGGGGUGGUCUCGUUGGCAAUGAUGUGUGGAGGGGAUGGUGUAGCUGAUAUCCUUGGUAGAAGAUUUGGAUCCAUGAAAAUUCCAUACAAUCAGAAGAAGAGUUGGGCUGGUAGCAUAUCCAUGCUUGUCUUUGGAUUCUUGGUUUCAAUAGGGAUGCUGUACUAUUAUUCAGUAGCAGGACUAAUGCAGUUAAAUUGGGAGAGCACAGUGACAAGAGUUGCUGUUGUUUCAUUAGUGGCAACAAUUGUAGAGUCCCUUCCAGUUACUAAGGUGGUAGACGACAACAUAUCUGUUCCACUAGCUACCAUGGCAGUGGCAUCUUUCACUUUCAGCCAUUGACUUCAUGGAAUGGAUCUGAUGAAGUGGCAUGCAUACCCUUUUUCCCUUUCCCUUUUUGUUUUCCACUGCGCUCUAAGAAAUAAAUGUUGCCAGUGUUUACAAUCAUUUACCAGAUUGGAAAGGGAUUAUAUUUGUAUAGGAGAAAACAGAUGUCAUGUCAUGGAGGCUUUUUAAUGAGAUGGGAAAUUGGGAAGGGAUAAAGUUUUCUUCUUUUCC